AACACUUGUUUUUGAACGAAUACAACUGUCAUUCUGACAUAGAGGAACAAGGAUGCAACAUGCUAGAUGAAAAAUACACACAAUGCGAAAAGCGUCACCAUUGCCAGAGUUUGCCAAAGAUUAUACUGUCUGUGGCUCUUAAUCAUGCUGAAUGGAAAAUUGCGAAGUGCGAACUCGUCGUUCGUCUGUAGUGAAGUGCAGUGUUGAACGGAACGUAUUCGUUGAGGGUUGUAUUACUUUGUCGAAGUAAUGUUAUGACGUGCAGUUACUGUCUUUGUUUCCAAACGUUUUAUUUUAAAUUAAAUUGUUUUACAAUGAUGUGAUAGUUGCAAUCAAUCGUGAAAAUCAGUCGUAUUGCGACAUGAUUCUUCCCAAAGUAUGAUCGUGCCAAGAGGAGUUAUUAGCGUAGUUUGUAUUUCGUAUUGGUUAAGUUAUGUGAAUUUAGUGCCAACAAUGAGAUAGUGGAGUGUUGUGAUGUGGUUAUGGGACAUGUGGGGGGUGUUAUGGGCCGUUGGGCACCUGGUGUCCGUGGUGGCGACACCGCUGGAGCCCGCGCCGCCGUCUCCACAAGGGCUGUCACUGACACCUUUCGUGCGUCACUGGAGACCAGCGCACUACGAGCCGGUACUACCAAGCUGUCACCGGAGACGCCGCUACGCCCCGGAGCCAACAACGCCACCGUCCCCGCAGCCGCUGACACUGUCCUUCCACGCUCACAACAGAGAGUUUAAAUUGGUGCUGAGGCCAGAUCCGUCAUCAGUAUUCGCCGACGGUGUCCAGUUUCAUAGCUCGUCAGGCGAGGUGGAUUACAACACGGCGCUGGUCUAUUCGGGAAAACUCGAAGGCGAUGAUUCUUCUCACGUCUACGGUAUCAUUACGUCCGACGGUCUCUUCGACGGCACCAUUUGGACUCCAACGGAAGAGUAUUACGUGGAGCCGCUGUCUCGGUACAAUGUAGACCAUCCAUCCAUGCAUAGUGUAAUUUAUAGAAAGUCUGACGUCCAGCACCCUCAUGAAAACAACGAAGGCACGCCCUGCGCUUCGCAUCUCCUUCACGUGAAACGAACACUCGGGAACAAUGCUGAACUCUUCAAUUUCACUGAACAUCGAACAUCGAAAGACGCAACUAGCAAUGACACUACUGAGGAUUUACGUAGCGAAAUUCACAGGCGUAAGAAACGUUGGCUUCCUGAAGACGAAAUGCAAGAUGAUCAGCCAAAGAAAAAUCCCGAAUUACCAUUAGACUUAGACUUUCCUUACACCAGCAACGGCGACCCGUUCGAUAGCAAGCUAAGCACGAGGAAACCGAAAACCAAAAUUGACAAGAGCAACCUAAUAACCAAGGUGCGACUCGAUUCCGAAGAGUCGAGACCGAAACCAAAGACCCACGUCGAAGUGAUCAAAUCGAAGCCCGGCGUCGGGGUGAUCAGCAAGGACAUCGUUAAGAAGGAGCCGGUCGUGUACUCGGUGCUGACGGCGAACGCCAGCGACGACGGGCGACACGUUAACAAACGGGCCACCGUCGACCCGAAGAAAACCACGUGUCUGGUAUACCUGCAGGCCGAUCACAUGUUCUAUCAACGGUAUGGCUCUGAGGAGGCCUGCAUUGAGGUCAUGACCAGACACGUGCAGAAAGUCAACGCAAUAUAUAAAGUGACGGAUUUCAAUCUGGACGGAAAACCUGAUAACAUAACCUUCAUGAUCAAAAGGAUAAAGGUCCACACUCUGGACGCUCUAAAAGACCCGGCUUAUAGGUUCCCUAACAAUUACGGCGUGGAAAAAUACUUGGAGCUUUUUUCGGAGGAGGAUUACGACGCAUUCUGUUUGGCGUACAUGUUUACGUAUCGCGACUUCGAGAUGGGCACGCUCGGCCUGGCUUGGACGGGCGAUCUGAAGAAUGCAGGCGGCGUCUGCGAAAAGAACGGGCACUAUCGAGGCAGCAUGAAGUCAUUGAACACAGGCAUCGUGACGUUACUGAACUACGGGAAGCACGUGCCUCCUGCCGUGUCGCACGUCACACUGGCGCAUGAAAUCGGACAUAACUUUGGCUCGCCGCAUGACCCAGAAAUGUGCACACCAUUCGGCGAAGACGGCAACUAUAUAAUGUUCGCAAGGGCGACUAGCGGCGACAGAAAGAACAACAAUAAGUUCUCCCCAUGUUCGCUGAAGUCCAUUGAUCCAGUCUUAAAUAACAAGGCCAGAUCACCUAAGGGAUGCUUUACAGAGCCGCAGCCCGCCAUCUGCGGUAACGGCGUGGUGGAGGAGGGCGAGGAGUGCGACUGCGGCUGGGCCUCCGAGUGUACGGACGUAUGCUGCCGCCCGCAAGCCGCGCGCCCUCUCUACAAACCCUGCACAUUGACCGAGCACAGCGUUUGCAGUCCCAGUCAAGGUCCUUGUUGCACGGCUUCGUGCACGCUGAAGUUCGGCGACAAGUGUCGGUCGGACAACGGAUGUCGCGACGCCGCGCACUGCGACGGCAAGCGUGCCGCGUGUCCCUCCAGCAGACACAAACCGAACAGGACGAGAUGCGACAAAGAACUCGUCUGUUACAUGGGAGAGUGCACCGGCUCAAUAUGCCUGGCAUACGGUCUGGAAUCGUGUCAGUGCUCCCCUCGAAGCGACGACCCUCGGUCCGCUUGCGAGCUGUGCUGCCGCAAGCCUGGCGGGCAGUGCCUGUCCUCCUUCCACUGGAACACCGCCCCGUACGACGUGCCCGACAUGUACGCCAAGCCCGGCACGCCUUGCAAUGACUACAAUGGAUACUGCGAUGUAUUCCAAAAGUGUCGUGAAGUGGACCCCUCUGGUCCGCUGGCGACUCUCCGAAAGCUGCUGUUGUCGGACGAGAGUAUCGCCGGCUUCAAGCGGUGGAUGCUGCGUCACUGGUACGCGGUGCUGCUCAUCCUGCUGGCCGUCAUCGCGUUACUGGUCGCGAGCACCCGUUUCUUCGGUCGUCACGGCAAGAAGCUGAAGUCGGUGACGAUCAUCCACUCGUCUACAACGGAAACCGUUCGACUGCCUGAUGCUGCCGAUCAAGGAUUAAUAGUUCAUACUGCUAUCAGGUCAAAAGUGCCAUUAAAGAAGAAGGUAGCUCUCAGGACCAGAGCGUACCGCAACAAGAAGGAUCUCAAAAACAAACAAGGCGACAAGGCACCGCUCUCAGACGGAGCCAAGAAGAGGAAGCCAACAAGUCAAGUCAAACACGAGGAACCGCAGAAAGUGAUCAAGGAGACAACGGCGAUCGUAACCAGCCCAGAGGGGAAGUCCCCCAAACACGUAAUCCUGUCGAAACAUAAAAACAAGGUUAAGAAACGGAAAAUGAAACUGAAGAAGGAGACCAUAGACUACAGCUCCAUGCAGAAGCAUUCCGCCUCGCCCACGAAAGACUCGGAGGCCCUGAGCAAAGUCCAGAAGUGGCUGUUGAGCUCGCCGCAGCCGACUGUCAUACCAAAGUCCAAGUCCAUCCCCCUGGGCCUCACGGAGCGGUCGCACAGGCCCACCUCGAAGGGUCCUCGGAAAACGAGACCGUCGAAGAGCGCCACCAACUUGUUGAGCGGAGAAAAGGCGAGACUCCAAGUCGUAUUCAAACCGCCGUUCCGGUUCAGCGUUAAGAUAUGCAAGAGCGACAAGACCAAAGUGGUUCUAGACAAGUCGUCCAAACCCGACAUCGAGAGGAAACGCCACGAGGCCGCCGCCCAACACCCCCCCGCGGAUCCCAAACUCAACACAUUCAGUAGAACGAAACCUCAUAAUGCCGCUCGACUUGAAAAUACUCCUUCAAACGCUUCGACCGGAGAAAAGACACAGCACCAAGAUAAAGGCAGUCACGGAUACGAAAACUUGUUGCCCAGGAGCGCCAGUGAUUGCAAACUCACCAAACAGAUGUCCGACGUCAAUCUCAGACACAAGAAGAGCAACUCGGUCGGCCAGAGGAAGGGGACCACCGAGAGCAAACAGAACCUCAUCUGUCACGAAGACAACGACAGCGCGCACCUUUACGAGAACGUGACGUCACCGGAGACGCUCGCGCCGAAGAGCUGCAGCAUGCCGCGGCGACAGCACGGCACCGCCAUCGCGCGCCAGAGCAGCUACGGGCACCUGCCGCGCGCGCAGCCCCGCCCGCACCGCCGCAGCGCCACCAGCCUCGCCGCCGCCGAACCCGACCUCGACCACUUCUACAGCGUCAUCGCGUCGCUGCGCCGGGACGGACGCGCACACACCAACACCGCCAGCUCCUCCGCCUCCAACAGGACCAACACAAACAGACCGGCCGGAAGGAGCUCACGACAGAACAGUUCAGUGGAAGCACCGACGCGAUCCAAUCCUGCUUCGCCCUCGAAGCUGAAGAGGCAAGCUAGCGAAGCGGAAAUCACGAAGCAGCAAUGUGACGGUGGCGUGAGAGGCUUCCAGCUAGUCGUGGGGAAGGAGAAGCUGAAACGGCAGAUGAGUGAUAACGAACUGUGCAAGUCUCGAGUGCAGCUAGCGAUGCCAAUGUCUGCGGGCGCCGAGCCGCGCCAGCCGUUCUGUUGGAACAAGCGCGCCAGUCUCGACUGCGAGGCCUCCCUGCCCGGCGCCGCGCGGCCCGCGGGCUCCAGGCUCGCUAACAAGCGCACCUACACGUUCGGCGAACUCAAGAACUCUGUCCCCAACGCGACCUCGCCCCCUCCUGAUGACGUCCACAUCUCCCCCGAAGACUUCUUGAAGAUAAUCGAUAACUAGCACAUUCCGAGCGAACUCGUAAGCGUAAACAUAGUCUUAUAAUUUUUAUAUUUAAAAAAAAAUGAACAAAUUAAUUAUUAAUAUUGUAAAUUAGUAAUAAUCUAAUAACGAGAUGUAACUAUUAUCGGCUGAUGUAAAUAUUGUAAUUUGCUUUUUAACUUAAGGUCCUAUUAUAAAUAUAGCCCGCCACUGAAACAGAUCAUUGAUCGGCGGAGGGCCCCGCGCCCGUUCUCAUCACUACCCCUAGUUCUUAUUUGGUUGACGAACAACUAAAUUAAUUUUAAUUAAUAAAUAAUUGCAUUAUUAUUAUUAUUGUGUUCGAAGCACAGCCAAGCCGGCAAUGGUCUAGUUUCACUGAACGAUCUCUUGUAAAAUGAAUCUCUAUUUUUUCUACAUGCUAUGUAUUGUACAAAUUUACUCUGGACUUAUAUUGAAAGUGUUCAUCGUAGAUUUAUUUUGAAUUGAACAUUUUUGAAUGAAAUUCUGUUCGUUGGUUUUUUUUUUAAGACUUGUCAAUUAUUGAGUCAAUAUGAUUGCGUGUUGUUUUGACAAAGGAAAUAAAACACCAAGCUAUGCUGUUUCACACAAGCAGCCCUGAUCAAUUAUGACCGCGUGUAGUAGGUUUUUGUCAAAGAAAUUAUAGUUUGUCUAACAAAACUGACUGACUUUACAUUUACUACGUCAUAUAUAUAAUUGUGAUUGUUUCAACAUUGGUUGUGAACGUUUAUUUAUUUAUGUUUAACUAUCUGAUGGAAUCCUGUGGACGGAAAAACAAGAAGAAGUAAUAAUUAAAAGUCCGGUCCUGAAUUCUUCCGGUGUUUAUUUUUCUAUUUUAUAUUUAAAAUAAAUUCUUACUGAAUAAAAAAAAAUAACUAAUUUAUUUUUGAACGGUGGCUGACCUAUUUCUCGGUUUCUGGAAUUAAUUUUGCUAAUUUUUAAUCUACGUAUUAGGAUGACAAUAUAGUAGUACAUAAUAAUGUUAAUAUAAUUAUCAUAAUUGUUAAUACGCUGUCUAGAUUAUAAGUACAAAAACGAGUUUUUUUUUAUACCCUUUUUUUUGACGCUGAACUGCCCUGGGUACGAUUACGAUAUUAUCUGUGGUAUUUAUUUUCAUCCAAAGAAAUGUCGUCUGCAUUUAUUUGUAGCUUUUUUAAAAAUAAAAUCAUUGUGUAUUAAUUAGAUGCAGUCAUGUGUUUACACGGUAAGCGUUCCGAUGUGUUUAAUCCGUGCGAAGCUUCGCUGCUGUGGCACAGCGUUCAUGAGCUUUGUCGUAGGAAACUAAGGGUAAAAAAAGCAUUGUAAUGUGAAUACUGAAAGUAUUUGGAACUGUUACAAAUUUGUAUUUAAAAAAAAAACAAAAUCGGUGUGCUGUCUAAAAUCAUUUCAAGAACGCAGGAACUUUUUUGACAGCAAUUAAAAAAUGUUGCCACAUUAAAAAAUUAUAUAAGUCGUCGCUUUAACGCGUAUCUCGAUUAAACAUAAACUAGACGAUAUGACGUCUCCAUCUGUAAUUUUUAAGUGUAUACAUUCCUUAUGAUAUUAUAUUCUAUUAUUAGUAUGUAUCAGUGUAUAUGUUGUCGUAAUUUACAUUAAAAUUUUAGUAAAAGUAUUAUGUGAUUAGAUUCUAUGGAACUAUAUGAUGGUUUUGUAGUUUAUAAUGUAUUGAAACGAUAAAUCGGAACUGCGCGUUAUUAAUAUUCAUGUAAAGUUGAUUUUUUAUUACAAUCUGAUAUUUUUUAAGCUGAAACGACCAUUGUUUAACUGUAUUUGUUCCAAGUGCCUUAUGAACAAAUCUAUUCCUACUGACAUUCCAAAUAUAAGACACUCCUUUUUCAAAGUUGCAGAUUAUUGUAUGUGUUUUCUAUGAAUAUAAUCUAUAUAUCUAAGCUUGCGAAACAUAAGUUCUACAUAAUUUUUUUAGAUGGCUUUUUAUUCGGAAUCUUAUUUAGCCUUCAGCUACUAUUUCGUAUUCUCGAACUCGAAAAUUAAGUUUGUCAAUUAAUCAAAAAUUGUCGACAUAAAAAUCGACCUGUCUAAAUUACAAUUAUUCUUUUGUAAUUGUAAAUAACCUCAAUUUUAUCCAAUCAUACAUUCCCUUACCGACUAUUCCUGGUCUAUCCAUUCGUUCUGAUUCGCUUACCAGUUUACAUUUUAUUGUGUUAGACUGGCAUCAAUUCAGAUUUCAAUUUGCAAUGUUUUAACUGAUCUCCAUGAGAUUACAUUAUGCCUCUAAUGAGAUGUGUAGAGCUUAUUAUUUACUAUUUCCGCAACAAUACCAGUUUAUCAAAGAGCUUCUAUCGAAGUUUAAGUACGCAAAAUACUGCUAAACCACAGGGCACUGCAAACAUUGAAUGGGCUGCCAAUUGUUUGUAAAGAAAUAAUUAAAAAUAUUAUAAAUUAGUUUAAAAUCAAAAUUGAAUUUCACAAUAUACAUAUUUAUCUGAAAAUUUUAAUUCGGAUUAGAUAUCAAAAUCCGGUCAAAUAAAAACGAAGCACUAUGCGUCUCAUGAUGUACGUCACAAGGUAUGAAUACUAAAUACAUGAAUAAAAUUAAAAACUAGUACUGUUGCGUUGAUGCGUACAUUUCGAAGGCAUAAAACCCACAUACAUUAUCUUUAACUCACGUACUUAAUAACUCUGUAACGCUUAUUUUCUUUUAUUCUUCAGCAUAUAAUUAUGUGCUAUAUUGUGACGUUCUUUUGAUAAAUACCGAAGAACGAUGUUGAAUAAUCCAACGAAUACAAAUUUGUAAUGAAUUCAUUAUCAACUAUAACAUACUAAGUCCAUAUUUUUUCUGCAUUUUUAAUGAAUAAAAUGACUCCAACAGUUUC